UCACUGAAAGCCAAUCACGCAUCUCCCUCAUGACACCGUGGCACGUAGGGGUGAUGUACAAAUGUACAUAUACACGACACACAAUUCACCAGACAUCAAUAAUUCCUCGCAUGAGCAAUCACUUCACUCGUCCAUGAGAUUUUUAACAUGCGUCUACAAAUACAUGGCUAGUUCUACUGUGUAGCGAAGAUCUCGACAUGGCGGCAUCUAUGGAGCGCGUUCUAUGUCGAUUGAAUAAGGAGCCGAGGCGAAUGAUGCUGGUGCAGAGAGCAUGUCGCUAUUCUACGGCCAGUCAGGACGGAAUGGUCGGGGUCUGGACACAAAAGAUCGACCGUAACCUCGAACUGAGAGCUCUCAAACAAGAUGGCGUCGUACAACAUGCACGUCCCUUAAUGCUGUUGUUUGGAUGGAUGCUAGCCAAGCGGAAACACAUUCAGAAGUAUGAAGAGUACUAUUUAAACAGGGGCUACAACGUGAUGACGGUCUCUGGUUCUCCAAUGGACAUUCUCAAACCAACAAGGGCUCGGGGAAUCGCCAGUAAGAUCCUAGAGCAUAUAGAUGCCAGAACUCUUGAGGUUGGCAAACAGCCAAUCCUUCUUCACGGGUUUUCAGUGGGAGGGUAUUUGAUUGGCGAGUUUCAUGUGAAAUUGAAUACCGAGGAGACAGUAGCACGUGACUUACUUAUAGCGCAGGUGUUUGAUAGUCCAGUCGAUUUCGACGGCAUUCCGGUAGGGUUCUCGAAAGUCCUCACCAACAACCCAGCCCUUCGGUUUUUGAUUAGGAACUCACUACAUUUGUACAUGGCAACUUUUAAGACGAAUGUUUCAAAAUACCUAAAAGCCUCUGAAGCUUUCAAAUUGAACAAAUACCAUGUGCCUUCAUUGUUUCUAUACUCCAAAGCAGACCCGGUCGGAAAUCCGAUAACGAUAGAAAGCGUUAUAGAGGACUUUCAUCAACGGAAAAUUCCUGUUAGGAGUCAGUGCUGGCACGAUUCGCCUCACGUCAGUCAUUUUCACUAUUACCCCAAAGAGUAUGUGGAAAUACUUACUUCGUUCCUGGAUACUUAUGCACCCAGCCCCGAUGGCCAGGAUAGCGAAGAUGAAGAUGAAAGACAGAGAAAGAUGGCGAUAGGAGGAAGAUAAAUGUGGUGUUAAGAACGUAUAUUUACAUGCUAUUCUUCGCCUUAACUCAUGUUAUGGAUGUUUUCAAUAAGCAAAUAUUUUUAGGAGUAUUAUAUAUUUUCAAAUGUUCGUCCUGUGGGAUAUUUUUAUUAUAUUUUCCUGUCGGUAGAGUCGAAAUCAUUUUGCAGUUAUGAUGGGAAUAUAACGGAUCAGUACAUUUAUGUUACAGGCACGUGUUCGAAGUCGCAUAUACAAUUCAACGUUUACUGUAAGUUAUAUUUCCAUUUGAUGAUACUUGGAUCGAACUGCAGCGAAAAACAACUGCAUGCUUAUAUAUAUAUACGUGAUAUGAAACAUGCUGUCUGGACGACUCACUGAUGUAUUGUUCAGAUCCUUCACUAUACAUAGGCUAAUGACCACAAAUAUCCUGAUAAAAAUUCUGCUAAAUUCCAUACUGUUGUAAUGUUGAACAGGAUAUAACGAAACUGCAAUUAUCGCCACCAUGAUAAGGCGGAAGGCUUUUCACGCGAAUAUCACUAAAAUAAGAUUACCACAAAAACAUGUGCGUAUACAGCAUAAAAUUUCAUCUUUCGCAAAUUCUACAUAGAUAUAAAUUUAAAAUCUCUAGAGAACAUAUAUAUAGCUCUGUUAAUUGGUACCCAAUUCUAACGCAUGAUUUGCUGUUGUGGAAGCUGAGGUUGUAUGCAAUAUUUCAAAUAUUUGACGAAAAAAGACUUUUUUGUGUCUUUGUGUUGUAUGAUGUAUUGUUACUUCCGUUAAUUGAUGUGUGGAACUGUUCAAUUUCUCAGCAACAGACAGGUAAAGAUAAUUCCAACUUUUGAUAAUAUUAUUGUUGCUAUUAUUUUUGGCAGCUCGUUUCAUUCCAUAAGGAGUUGGUUGUAUUUGCUAUAACUUGCCACCAUAGAUUUGUGAUAAUAAGGUAUAUUAAGACGUUGAUUCAAAGUGAACCGUGUUUUGAGUCAUUGGUGUAACGUAAUGACCGUGAUUUGUACAGAAAAUUGCGUCGUGGGCUGUUUUUUCGCAUUGAACGUGUAACCGACCGGAAACACGUGACAGGAAGUUUCCUAAUACUUGACCACCACUUAAGUCAGUUCCUACCUUGUUAAAAUAUGUUCCGCAAAGCGUCGCCAAUUGAUAUCCCCAUUAUUAUCUAUUGCUCUGUUUAUUUUUUGUAUAUAUUGCUAUGAUGAAGUGUACUAAAACGUGAUAAAGUGUAAUUAGAAUAAAAUAUUAAACAGACUCGCUGAAAUAC